AUGAAUUUUAGGUUACUACAACUUGCAGCAAUAUCCUCCACCACAUGGGGACCGAAGCGUGACGUCCUCCGAGCCUUCUACCGGACACUAGUUCAAGCCCAGACGCUCUACGGCUUUGAGAUCUGGUAUUGGGAUGCGGCUCCCACUUCACGCAAAGUCCUUGAUGCAGGUCAAAAUAAAGCUUGCCGAACCAUAGCAGGUAUCCCAUAUGGGUGUCGCUCCGCAGACGCAUUACGUGAAGCCCGUCUUCUCCCAUUAGAGAUGACGGCCAUGAUUCGGAGCCUCAAAUAUUUAAUGCGAUGCCAAACACGAGGUGGAUCCCUCAAAGAAAGCGCAGAACAAGUCUAUCACGAAACCCAUCCAGUACGAGAAUUCUAUGAACGCAUCAUGAAAAUCUAUCCAACACUUGUUAUAGAGCCACGCGAGCCCCCUUUACUGACACCAACUCUACGGUUUGGUAAACGCGCUCGCUUCUUCACAUCGCUGGAAAAUGUAUCAGCUGAUGACCCUGAAGAACAGAAAAGAGAAGCAUCCGAGCGUUGGAUAGCCCGUCACUUCCGCCGUAAAGGCACAGAUCUGCCGCCGCGUACCCAUUAUGAAAUCUGGACUGAUGGCUCCGUAUUUCUCGGAGUAAAAUCUUGA